AGAGUCUCUUCGCGGCCCCGGGCAAGAAGACUGAAAGACAGCAGUUUCUUCACUUUUUGGACAUCAUCCACCUUUGCAUCUGAGGUUUCUCCAUCAACACUCAGGGAAUUAUGUGGAGAGUUAUCCUGACUGUCAGUGUGCUCUGCUGGAACUGCGAGGGCGAUGUGACCUGCAGAAACAACAAGAAUGAAGAGGUGGACUGGUACAUCAUCUACAAGGCACCAAAGCAAGGAAAAACGCUUACUGGUUUAGAGUAUAUUUACAUUGAUUCAACUCUGCACACGAAGGAGACCUAUACAUCUGGAAAGCUCAUCGAUCAUGCUGAUGGUGUCUUGGCAAACACCCUGCGGCCGAUUUUAAAAGAAAAAACAUCAAUGCAAAACGAUUUUGGAUUCAUCAGCUACAGCGAUCAACCUCCAGGAUGUCAUGCUGAUGAUGAGUUUGGGCACAGUAAAGGAGUUGUGAUGGUGGAAGAAGAUAAAUCUGGAGUCUGGCUCUUACACAGCACACCACAGUUCCCUUUCAAAAGAGAUCAAAACCAUUUCUGGCCUCAAAGCGGAGAAAGAAAUGCUCAGACGUUUAUCUGUGUGACAUUCCCCCAUGACCAGUUCAUCGCUAUAGGUAAACACCUGCAGUACAUCAAAGCUUUCCCAUUCGACCAUCAUGUUCCAGAUGAUUUUCCAGAACUUAUCAAUGUUGUUAACUGGAAAUCAAUAACCCCCUCCAACGAUAAACAGCCGCUGACAUCAAAUGGACUACAGCCCUUUUUUAGCAUUGCUAAACUUCAGUUUAAAGAGUCAGCUCCAGCAGCUGGAAGUAAAAGACGACAUCCAGAUAACUUAGAUGAUGCACGGGCUGUUGGAGAUCUUUACACCACUAUUGCUAACACAUAUAGCAGUGAAGUGAAAGUCCAGUCCUGGCCCUGCAAGCAAGACACUUCCUCCUGCCCUAAAAAUGGACACAAAGUGAUAAAUAUUGAAUCUAUAACUAUAACUAAUUUUGGUGUGUGGAAGGCUGGAAAUGAUCAUUCCAAGUGGUGUGUAACUACAGAUAAUAAUAAGCCGUUGAUCUGUAUUGCUGAUGUAAACAGACGAAUGUCACAAUACAAAAGGCGUGGGGGCGCACUGUGCUUCGAGAAUGAAGCUGUUCGUACCAUGUUUAAAGGUUUUAUUAUGGACACUCAGCCUUGCCCAGAUAAUAACAAAGCUCAUAAGAUGGAUGUAGACUCUCCCUCUGACACCGACUCUGACUGUGACUCUGACUCUGAUAAAUGAUUGAUGGGCUAAAUCAGCAUCUAUUAUUAAGUUGUGUUUGCAAUUCUGUAUGCAUUUGUUUAUCAUUGUGUCAUGGAAAAUGUCAUAUGUCAAUGUUAAUUCCUACUGUUUAAUACUUGGUUCAAUGCCCAGCAUAUCUCUUGCCCUCUCUACUCUACUCAUCUAACUCCUGCAACUGUGGGAACUCUCCACACACACCUCCCCUCUCUACUUCCUGUCUUUGUGGGUCAACUGUGGCAAUCUUCCACCCCUCCUUCUCCUUACUGUCUGUAAAAUACAUGAAUACCCUGGGAGCAGGGUUCUUCCGCACCCAGACUGCUUGCACUCUGUAUGAUUGUAUUAAACCUUCUUUGCAAAGAAUAAAUACUCCAA